CUUCCAACUUUUGACCCAUUCUCUCUUUGCCAAUUGCCAUCCUUUCUAUACUGUCAUUACUUCUUCUCCUAACUCUCUCUCUACAUAUUAAGUAACAGAAAAAACCUUAGUGGGGUUAUCUCAUCACAACAACAACAACAGUAACAAGAAGAAGAACAUCACGAUGCUGGGUAUGGGAACUCUAACGUUCAGUUCAUCAACUGCAAUGCUAGCUCAAUCCACUCUCACUUCUUCCAACAGAAACCACAUCCUUUCCAACAAAACCCACUCUUUGCCAACCAGUUUGGUCUCUUCCACCAACCAAAAAAAUUUCACCUUACUCUCUUCCUUCAAGAAACAAACACCUUUUACCACUGCUGUUGCAUCUCUUCAAUCUGAUAACGUUAGCUCUUCUGAUGCUCCUGCUACCAAGGGGUUCAACAAGUACUAUUUUAUUAUUGCAAAUGCAAAAUUUAUGCUGGAUGAGGAGGAGCAUUUCCAAGAGCAACUAUUUGAACGCCGUCGCUACUACGGAGAGCGUAAUAAAGAACAGGAUUACUGGCUUGUCAUUGAGCCUAAAUUCUUGGACAGUUUCCCUGACAUUACCAAGAGAUUACGGAGACCUGCUGUUGCGCUCGUGUCAACCAAUGGUCCAUGGAUCACAUUCAUGAGGUUAAGACUGGAUCGAGUUUUAUCAGGAAGUUUUGAAGCUGACAGCCUAGAAGAAGCAUUGGCCUCCAACCCCACUAAGCUGGAAUUUGAGAAGCCUGCAAAAUGGGUGGCGCCCUAUCGUAAAUAUGAAUCUGGAUGGUGGGAAAGUUUCUUGCCCUCCGGACAGAAAGAGGUGACAUCGUCGUAAGACUUUUUUUCCAUUCUGUUUCAGAAACGAGUACUCAUAUCAUAGAUCUUUUUUACCAAGGGUUUUCGCUAAUGUAAAACUGGAUGUAGUUUAUUUCGGUUAAAUUUUUUUUAGUUUUGUAAUUUUUGGAAGGCAGUAUAAUCAUUUGAUGUUGAAGUGUGAUUCUUAGAAUAUAAGUUCUAGGUAUUGUUUUUAUGCCUCAAAUGAGUGAAAUAUAGACAUUGAUUUUGCUUGAAAGCCCCCAAAGCAUGUUAGAUAUUGCAUGUUUUGAACAAACUGACUUCAAAGGUGUUAUUUCGAUUAUAUAAAGCUUGUGUAAGGGAUGGAUACUUGAUGUGAAUCUAUAAAAUGUACUGGUUUACACUUUUUA